AGAAGCUGGCUCAGCCCCGGCCCCGGCCCCUGCCCCGCCCCACUCCGCCCUCGGGGAGCCCCCGCAGACCCGGGACACUCAGGCGGAGGGACCGGACAGGCUCUGCCGCCGAGCCCGGGGGCUCAGGGAGCUACCCACCCACGGACGGUUGGACGCACCGACGGACUUGGACCCAGGCUCCGAGAGGAAUCUGGUCCAGCCUGAGCAUCAUUCUCCUCUUCGGGUGCCUCUGAUCGAGAUGUGAAUGUGGUCCUGCUCCCAGCCUUGGAAGAAGGCUUCGUUGAACCCCUGCCCCAGCCUAGCCUGCCUGGACUGGCCAUGGUCUUCUCCACCCUAUUCUCACCUGGUUCUUCUACCCAUCUGGCCGCUCCUUCUCUGUCUCCUUGGCUGGACCUUCCCCGAGGACCUGUGACCGGAAGGUGGCCUCAUCUUUCCGUUACGGAGUGACCAUCACUGGGGCAGUGGUGCUGGUCAUCGGGACGCUCUGCUUUGCCUGGUGGAGCGAUGGGGACAUGGAGCCCUCUGGGAGCCCCAGGGCGAAAGCUCCCCUUCCUGGGAAGGCGGCCCCCCUGGCUGGCAGCCCCGCCCCCACGGCUGCGCCCCCCAGCGCCCUGCUGAGGUCGGUCAGCUUCUUCUGCUGCGGCGUUGGGGGCAUGCUCCUUCUCUGGGGCCUGCUGUGGUCGGCCAAGGCCAACGUCCGGGCGCCCCCUCGAUGCUACCACGGCCGUCUCCCCAGGGACCUGAGCUACUUCACGGCUGAGCCCGUCCAGAAGUGGAGAUCCAGUAGCUGGUCAUCUACCUCAGUCCCCACCUAUGAGAUGGCCAUGACCUGUAGCCCCCCUGUCCCAGAAGAGGAAGAGAACAGCCCACCCCCGUACAGCAGGGCCGAUGGCACGAGACCAGGAAGACUGACUCGAAGCGUAUCAGAUGGGGCGCUGCUGGUUCCUCCCCAGCCAGGGAUGUGGGGAAAUCAGGACACGGCCUGGAUCAGCCCCCCACCCAGCUAUGAGAGCAUCGAUGCCCGCGGCCUGUGACCGACAGCCAGCCAGAACCAAGGUCUCUUUCUGGCCAGCCUGGUGCUGGCUGAGCAGGAGCCCAAAUGGAGGAGUUCAAGCCCAGACUGGCUUCGGAAGGCCAACCACCGCUCCCUUGGUCCAGGAGGCUGUGCUUGGGCUUGAGUCCCAGGAAGACUUGGGUGUGGAUCCUCCAUGGGCCGCUGACCUUGGCCAAAUGCUUUCACCUCUCUCCAUUUUCCUCAUCUGAAAAAUGGGAAUCUUAAUCCCAAUAGACUUCUCGUGGAUGUUAGGAACAUCAAACGAGAUCAUGAACCAGAAAAUAAUUGUGUAAACUGGGAUACAAUAGAGUCGAGGGAGAUUGUUUUUAUUGGUGGCUAGAUACUUGGGGGUCUAACAAAGAAGCAGCUACUGGGGGGUGGAUUUCAGUGUCUCUGUGACCCCACUUCCUACUAUAUCUCCUUACUCCCCUCCCCCAACCCCCAGGAGAGAAAACAGAAGACCUGGGACAAAUCACUUCCCUCAGCCUCAGUUCCCUCAUCUGUAAAAUGAGGGGAAUCAUCUCUGCCUUCCCUGUUUUUCUAGGCUGUUGUAAAAGUCCAUCCAGCCAAGUGGAGCCAUCAUCAGGACCAGAACGUUAGUGUGAAUGGAGGCUGGGCUGAAUAGGGAGAAGAGGUGUGGUCUGGGUACUGGGGCAGGGGGAGGAAGGCACAGAGGGAGCCCAGGACGGGUCAGGAAAACAGGGUUGGCCCACAAGUCAAUCCACAACAAACCAGCAGGUUUUCUGAGCAACUUCUUUCUCCAAGGCCAGGGGUACAAGGUGUGUCUGAGGGGAGGGAGAAAGACAUGGUUCUCUCCAUCCUAGAGCUAACAGUUUGAUGGAGAUAGCAAAGGAGAAUCAGCAUGGAAGGGCUGGGGGUGCAGGGAGGCCUGAGAACUGGGAAAGUCAGGGCUGGGAGGGGCCUUAGAACAGGGGAUGUCAGGACUGGGAAGGGCCUAGAAAGUAAGUACUUUACAGGAGGGCACUCCACUAGUAUGCAGCCCAAUUCCUUUGAAUCUUCACUUUAAAUUCGUUUUUUUUCCCUUUUUCUGGUGGGUUCCCCUGGUGCUUAUAACAGGGACUUUCACUGAGAGUAAGGACUGCUUUACCCCCUGUAUCCCCAUCACUGAGCACAUUAAUAAAUGCUUCUUGAGCUGAAAUUAGGUAAGGGCCUUUAUUCCUUAUGCGGAACAGGAAGACAAUGUGACCCCCCCCCACCCCCACCAUUGGGACCUGGCAGUUCCCAGAUUACAAUUCCCAUCUGCACUUGGCGUUAGGGAAAGAACCCUGGACCAUUACUCUGAAAACCUCAUCUUACUCCUGCCACUAACCUUUGCGGUUUUGGACAAGUCACUUCCCUGACUUGGGCCUCGGGUUCCCCAUUUGUAAAAGGAGGAUAUUUUACCAAAUUAUGUCAAAGGUUCUAACAUAGAGUGCUAUGCUCUAAGUCCCUUCCCAGGUCUGAAGCUCUGCCUGAAAGGUGGCUCUGUCCACCUCUGCCAUCCUUGUUCUAAGUGUCCUCCCAGUUCUGCCAUUCCAUGUUCUAAUAUCCCUUCUAGCUCUGACGUCUUGUUGUUGUUCAGUCGUGUCCAACUCUUCACGACCCCUUUUGGGGUUUUCCUGAAGAGAUUCUGAAGUGAUUUACCCCUUCCUUCUCCAGUUCAUUUUACAGAUGAGGAAACUGAGGCAAACAGGGUGAAGUGGAUUGCCCAGGGUCACACAGCUACUAAUUGUCUGAGGCUGGAGUUGAACUCAGAGAGAUGAGUCUUCCUGGUUUCCAGCCCAGCGCUCUCUGACAUCUUACAUCUGCUCCAUCAGCGCUCUGACAUUUUGUCAUCUCAUACUGUGCUUCUGUCUCUGAUCCCCCCAACCCUUCCUUUUCCCAAAGGGUUAACUCUAAAAGUGUCAGGCUCCCAGUCUCUGGGUCCUUCCAGCUGGGGGAAUGUGAAGUAUUUCCCUUGAGGCAGGUGAGUUAAUGAGUUGCAGGUGUGGGAAAGAGCCCACUUAGGUCUGAGGUUCCCCCCACCCACCACCACCCCGGGAAGAAAACAGGCAGGUGGAUGUGAGUGCCUGUGCAGCCCCAGAUGAUCCGGGAGAGAAGACAGCAGCGCUUGGCGCUAGGCAGAGGGGAAUUCACAGCCUGAGAACACGUGCCAACCCUCCACACCACUAGAGAGGUUAUUCCAGAAUCUGCAUUUUAGCCCUAAAAGGAGCUGAGAGAUCAUCCCAUUCCACCCAGCCCCUCCCACUUUAUAGGUGGGAAAACUGAGGUCCAGAGAGGGACAAUUGACCCGCCUGUGGUUACACAGCCAACAAAGGGGCAGCAGCCACUGGACUAACACCCAGGUUCACUCUCACCUUAGUUGGAGAGGAAGGGAAUCGCUCAGCCUGAUCCCCGGGGGCUUGGCAGGCUUUCUAAGGAGGUAGACAAUUAGGGCUAGCCAGCAAUUGUGGGUAGUAGCCUCCUGUCUUGGGAAGUUUAUGGGCUCACAAAUUGUUGGAGAAUAAAGGGACCUUUCAAAUCUAAGCCCCUCAAUUUAUGGGUGAGGCAGCAACCAGCAAUUAUCAUGCACCUUAUCUCUCUGUGCUGGGCACCGGGGAGGGGAAUUGAUGGCUAGUCGUGCAGAGAGCUAAGAUCUGGGCUCGGUUGUGUUCCAGUAGGGGCUGCUGCCCUCCAACAGGUAUAUUGGGAGCAUUCUCAUUUAGGUGUCCAUUGGCCUCGCUGCUCUUUACACCCCCUUCAAGCCUCCCUGGUCCUUAGCCAGCUUCCCUUUCAACAACGAGGAGGAGGAGGAGGAGGAGGAGAAGAAGAAUUUGUAAAGUGCUUCCAGAUUUAUAAAGCACUUUCCUCACAAGUACUAGGUGGAUCUAUGGUUAGAGUGAUGGGCUUUAAAUCAGGAAGACUCAUCUUCCUAAAUUAAAAUCCAGCCUCAGACA